AUGGCGGCUGCGCCGGCGUCUAGCGACGCGCUGCCUUCAGACGACGAGGAAGUGACGACGGCCGAGUUUUCGGUCGACUUGGCCGACAGUCAUACGUGGUCGAUCAACUUCUACGAGUGUGCAUCCGAGGGCGAUCUCGAGUGUCUCGAGGAGAUUCUCGACAGCGGUCACGUCGCUGUCAACGACGUGGACGUCGAUGGGUUCACAGCGCUCAUGGUAGCGGCUGCGGAAGGCCAUGCAGAUGUCGUGCGUGCGCUGUUGAGACGGGGGGCGGAAGUCUCGAUGCGCACGUACGAACUGCGUUCUAGUGCGCUGCACUUUGCUGCAAAGAAAGGGAAUGCGGAGGUCAUGACUGCGCUGUGUUCUUGUGACGCAACGGUCGUUGAUUGCUGGAACAUUCAUGCAGACACGCCGUUGAUCUGGGCUUGCCUUGAAGGGCAAGUCGAAGCAGUGAAGGUACUGCUGGAUCAUGGUGCAGAUGUAGGUGUGCUGAAUCAGUACGGUGCGUCGACGGUGUUGUGUGCUGUGAUGAUCGGGGAAGACCUGGAGCAAGAGCACGAGCGGGACGAGCAACGAGCUGAGAUUCUGACUAUGCUGUUGGAAAAGAAUGGAAAGUUGGUGAACUUCCAGGACCGCGAAGGCAGUUCGGCAAUGCACUUGGCUGCGUCUUGUGGCUACUUGGCGUGCGUGAAGACACUUCUUGCGUUUGGUGCGGAUAUCACGCUACGGAAUGCGUCUGGACAGACACCUUUGGAAGAAGCACAGGACUCGGAGCUGCCAGGAAGCAGUGCGUGUGUCGAGCAUUUGCGCGGUAUUUGGCGACAACUUGAAGAGGAGGCGGCGGUGCGUAUGAUGGCUAUGCUGGAGAUGGAGGAAGAUGCAGCUAGUGGGACAGCGGGUGCUGCAAGUAACAAGAAGAGCAAGAAGAAAAGCAAAAAAGCUAAACGUAAGACGGCAGGAAAGCAGCAGCAACAACUGGCGCAGCAAGAGGUGGAAUUGAGUCAGAGGCAUGCAGACAACAUUGCUGCGCAGCAGAGAGGAAGUGGUGACGAUGUGGAUAAAGCUGCUACGUCCGAACUUGUGGUCGAAGAUCUAUCUUCUGGACGUGACCGCGAUAGUACGGCAGUUGGUGUUAGUGCUACUGAAGUUAAGGAUGACGAGAUAAGCUCUGUAAGCUCUGAGGACGCACCGAUUGGCGACCAAGUGGUCGUUAUGAGCCCGGAAAGUGACGGUGACCGUGAAGGCCAUGCUGUGAAAGAUGGGAUAGGUUUGUCAACCAGCACGAUGGAUGAACAGCCAGAUCAAGCAACGAGAAAGGAUCUUUUGCCAUCGACUACUGCUUGGACCACUGUUGGCAAGAAGCACCGACCGGCCAUUGCUGCAAUGGCGACCACUCCUGCUAAGGCUUCAGCAAGUUCACUACGGGAGAAGACGCUGUCGAUUCCUGCUCGAAGAAGGAAUUCCGCAGCACCUCUUUGUUCUAAACCAUUGCCGCAUACGUCUCGGCGAAAGCCUACUCACCGACCAGAUGACGCACGUGAACGAAGUUCAUCUGGCGGACCUGCAUUGCUAGCGAAAGGGCACGCGUCUACGAAGCAAGUUGACGCUCUUGCACACCCGUCGAUUCGGUCUCACGUGGACAAAUGGGGGAAGUGGAGCAGCGUUACUACAGCAUCUCAGUCAGUCGCACCUUUGUCACAGCUGAACCCUGAUGCUAUAUCUUUCGGAUCGCUCGGACCGACGACUGGAUCGAUCAAAACUUCAAGUGUGUCGUCGACUGGGGCAAGUAGCUUAGCUGGACUCUCGAUUGCAUCUGCGUCACUGCGACGACCGUUUUUCAGCUCUUCGCAUGCUCCACAUACAUCAGCAUUUACCACGGGCAUGCAUUACUCUCCAGCUGGACGUCGCACAUGGAAGCAGCAUCGUUCCAGUGGUGUUUACCAAGUCGCACAUGAGACUCGCGAUCGAUGGGUCAGUAAACUGCACCUGAGCAACGAAAGUGUUGCCGAGACGUUGGGCUAUCUGGCUUGCGGUCUAUGCGGUGAACUCGUGAACGAUAACUUGCAAUGCAGCGGUAGCGCAUCGAGGAAAGCUGGAGAGAAGACCUCGACAUGCACGCAGCUGUACUGUGCCUCUUGUCUCGAGUGUUCGGCAUUCCGGGCAGCUAACUCGGUCACGUUCAAAUGCAUCAAGUGCCACGAAGUGAUCACAAAGGAGUCCAUGGCCCGCAACAGCCUCGCACAGGCCCAAGCCGCGUCACUGGGCCUCUCCAUGUCGACUGGACUGAAUGGCGGAGCUCACGAUGAUGCAGCUAGCUACACGUUGGAGAACAUGCAGCACACUUUGGAGAUGUCGGGACCACGGGUCUCUGCUGUGGAUCUGCGAGCUUUCUUCUUGGCUCCAGGCACGGAUCUCACUACGCUAAGCAAUGGCCAGCUCGAGGUGCUCGAAUGCUCUCAUCAACUCGCACUUGCUCAGAUUACCGAGCAGCGCCUUGCCAAUGCCCGGGCCCUCGAGCGUCUGCAGAUGGAGGAGUGGUUGAAGAUGCGGCAAAACUUGUUGCCGUGUGCACCGCGAUGA